AUGGACUGGCAUCAAUUCCUGGAUCCGCAGCUUGUCCUCGGAGUGGGGGCAUUUGCCCUUGGUCUGGCUAAUGCCUACGUUCAGAGGCAUUUUAAUCGCCAAGCUCAAACUGAGAACACCAAUCAGCCCGAGAAUGAAGAGCCCAGAGUGUCCGAUGCUACAGGGGAAUCCGAGCCAAUUACUUCAAUUCCCAUAGAAAGCCCAGACGGUAAGAAUAUUUUGAUGCAGUAA